CAAUCUCCAUAUAUAAUUAAGGUCUGAAUUCAUUCAGGCAUUUACCCGCUCCUUGUUUUUUUAGGAGGAGACGGCCAACACGUAACAAUAUUUUCUUGAACUCCUCCUAUCUAUUGGGAGCGGGACAGGAAUUGAAAGAAAAACAAAAUGUCGAAAACUUGUAUGUUGUUUUGUUUUACAGUUGUUUUGUUUUGUUCAAAAACAAACGCACAUUUUGGGAUCUAUGGGCUGAAGAGAGGAGAUAUCUCCGUCAAUCUCACCAAUAAGGGUGCCACCAUUAUCUCUCUUUUUGUCCCUGACAAAAAUGGAAAAUUGGCCGAUGUUGUUCUUGGAUUUGAUUCUAUUGAGCACUACAUGAGAUAUUUUGGUGCCAUAGUUGGACGUGUUGCCAACAGGAUUGAUGGUGCUCAGUUUACUUUAAAUGGAACCCAUUAUAAACUUGCUUGUAAUGAAGGAAGAAACACGGUUCAUGGUGGGCCGAAAGGAUUCAGCGACGUCGUUUGGAAGGUGAAAAAUUACAACAAUAAGGGGGAUUCACCUUGUAUUACCUUUACCUAUCACAGCUGUGAUGGUGACCAAGGAUUUCCCGGUGAUCUGGACGUCAGCGUGACAUACACUCUGGUGGAACAAGGCUUGUCGGUAACAAUGGAAGCCGAAGCUCUAAACAAACCAACGCCAGUAAACCUCGUUCAACACACCUACUGGAACCUCGGCGGCCACAACAGCGGCGACAUCUUGUCCAACGAGGUCCAAAUCUUCGGCUCCAACAUUACCCCAAUCAAAUCCGACAAAAUCCCCACUGGCGAAAUCACCUGCGUCCAAGGCACACCCUACGAUUUCCUCAAACCCACAAUCAUCGCCGCCAAUUUCGCCGACAUUCCCUCGGGCUACGACAUCAACUACGUCCUCGACGGCGGCGAUGGGUUGAAGACGGCGGCGAUCGUCCACGAAAUGAGGUCCGGGAGAGUGAUGGAGGUGCUUACCAAUCAGCCUGGUAUGCAGUUUUUUACUGCUGAUUUUAUCAAGGAUUUUGUGGGGAAAGGUGGGUUUGUUUAUCAACCUAAUGCUGGGUUGUGUUUGGAGACUCAAGGGUUUCCUGAUGCUGUCAAUCAUCCCAAUUUUCCUUCCCAGAUUGUUUUUCCCGGAAACAAGUAUGUGCAUCGUAUGCUUUAUAAGUUUUCGACCAAAUGUUAGAAGAAGAAUCUUGAAUUUGAUU